CGCGCUACAGUCGCACCGCGACACCCCCGCAGAGCGAAACCGCGCGCACAGAGAGACCGAAAAAGAGAGAGAGAGAGAGCUGCACUACAGCCUUUUCUUCGCGCUUCGCUUCGGUUUCGCACCUACGCGCGGGCUUUUCAGUUUCGCUCAGCUCGCGCGCGAAUUCUUGCUCUAGCUGCCGCUGCUGCUGUACUGUUCGUUGGUGCUUUUGUUGUUGUUGUUGUUGUUGCUGUUGCCUCGAUCAUUGUGCGGUCUGAAAGAGGGGACCGCUUGCGAGGCUGGAAAAUCGAGAGGCGAGGUCGAGUGAGCGAGGAAGGGGUGUUUCUGGACCGGCAGCUCUGGAUGACUCGACGCCAGCGGAGAUAAUAUCCCAGGCGGCGUAUACGACUGAUUUUUCGAUUGCUGACUGGAAGUUCGCGCGACUGUACGCAGCAUAUACGCAGGGCGACGGGUGACUGCCGCACACAGAAGCGGCCCCGAUGGCUGCGCGCAAGCUCGACGCCCUCCUCGCCGCCACCCCUCUGCUCCUUCAGCUAUGCCUCUGUCAAAUAACGCCGGAGAUUAUGCCGGAAUUCUUGGCGCCGCUGGAGAACCACACGGUCAUACAGGGACGGGACGUGUCCUUUACCUGCGUCGUCAAUCAUCUGCAGACCUACAGGGUGGCCUGGAUCAAGUCGGACUCGCGCGCCAUCCUCGCGAUACACACGCACCUGGUGGCCCACAAUCCGAGGCUAUCAGUCACCCACAACGGCCACAACACGUGGAAGCUUCACGUGUCGAACGUACAGAAAAACGACUCCGGCACUUACAUGUGCCAGGUCAAUACCGAGCCGAUGCUCAGCCAGAUGGGUUACAUGACUGUCGUCAUCCCACCCGAUAUCCUCGAUGAAACGUCAGAGGGCCUGGUGGCGCACGAAGGCGGCAAUAUCAAGUUGCGCUGCGUGGCGACAGGCUCGCCCGAGCCGAACGUCACCUGGAAGCGCGAAGACGGACGGCCCAUCGUGCUGCGCGAGAACGGACAGAAGAAACUGCUGUCCAAGUACGAAGGCGAGACGCUCGAGCUGACCGGCGUGCUGCGGCAAGAAAUGGGCACUUAUCUCUGCAUAGCCAGCAACGGCAUCCCCCCGACAGUCAGCAAACGAUACUCGGUGCACGUCCAAUUUCAACCGUCCAUAAAAGUGACGAACCACGUCGUCGGCGUGCCCGUCAACAAGGACGUCGUGCUCCAGUGCACCGUCGAGGCCUCGCCACAAGCGAUGAACACGUGGUUCACGGAUAAAGGCGACAAAUUGCUGCCGAGUGAAAAGUACCUGAUGACGGAACGCCAGACGAACGACUACUCAUGGGAGAUGAACCUAACGAUACGUUCGCUGAAGAAGGACGACUUCCUCGGCUACAUCUGCACGUCGGAAAACGCGCUGGGCAAGGCCGAGGGCGCGGUGAGACUGCAAGAGCUCCGCGACCUGUUCCCGACGACGACGCCGGCGCAGUCCCGACCGAACGACCUGCGCCCGGGCCGCAAGAAGCAGAGCAAACCCGGCCGCAAUCGCAAGUACGAGCAGCGCGGCAAUCACCACGACGACUUCCCCGGCUCGACGGACGACCUGGAGCAGUCGGGCCACGAGGAGGCCGGCAACGGCCUCGGCAUCACCACUCAGACCCUCGGCGGCGGGCAGCAGUCGACGCGCGGCCAGCAGCGCACCGAGCGCCCGAACGCGCUGCCCUCCGCCUCGCCGCCUUGGAUCAACGUGAGUGCAGGCGUGGCCCGGAGUCGCGACGCCGUCGGCCCGACGCUGGUGCUCGCUCUGAGCCUCUGCGCCGCCGCGCUUCUCGCCCGGAGGGCUCCGCACUAGGGCAGAGUCUCCGGCAGCAGCGAGGAUCGAGCCUGUAAAUAUCCGACGAAGCGCGGUCUAGGCCGAAUUAUCGCGUUAUGCGCGCACGCGUCAUCGAUCGUGCUCGCGGAGUCGCGUAAUAAAUUUGGCGGAACUACGCCGCGUCCCAUCCCGAAACGCGCGCGGCGAUAUUUCACGCAUCCAGUCACCAGCAGCGGCAGCGGCGUCAGCACAGCGGAACGGAACAGCCAGAUUCGCUGCUGUACAGCUCUGUGCUCUCUCUCUCUCUCUCUCUCUCUCUCUCUCUCUCUCUCUCUCUCUCUCUCUCUCUCUCUCUCUCUCUCUCUCUCUCCCUCGCUGCGCUAUCAGAAAGACGCGAGUGCAGUCGCGCGAAUACGUACUUACACACGCGGGCGGGUCUUCCUUUGUAUUUAUAUAAGUCGAGGCAUCGCACGCGUCGAAUCCGAUGGAACAUCUUGACGAGGCGCUCUCCAUCUCUGUAAUAUCAUGGAUACGUUUAAGCAACUGCGCGUUUCGUUCGAUUGUUAUACACACGCCGGACACUUGUAAAUAUGCGGACAGAUUCAUCGGCGACUCGUGCGUAUAUAUAGGGCGAUGAUAAUAUGCGCGACGCUGUAUACGUGCGUUCGAAGAAAUAUAUCACGAUAUUUAUAGUCGGUACGCGAUGUGCCACAAUAUACAUUUAGAUUAUAUUUGCAUUAUUUAUGGGGGCUACGCUUGUGUUUUCCGCGCGGCGCUUUAAUCAGUCAGAGGAUCAUCAUCGGUGUAUACGCGGCGCGUCGUGUUUUAUGUGCGUGCGACUAUGUCACGUGCAAUAGAAUGUGAUAUAUUUUGAAUCUCGGGACAAAGGUAUAACGAUAAAUUUACACAUGGGACGAGGUAUGGAGGUAGGCGAAAAUUAAGCGAUUUUUCGGUCCGAAAUCUGAGCCCACGAGUCGGGGCCGAGACGAUUCAUCGAGCUUUGCCGGUCCAGCGCACCGAGAGAGAAGCGAGCAUCGUGACAAAAGGAGGCUGUAAAUACUAUACAUAAAAAAGUAUAUACAUAUAUAAAUAUAACAGGAGGCGGAUUCUUCAGUGCUGUUCUAUAGCUGCGACUCUGACCAAAACGGAGUGAGCGCGAGGGAACGAGUGCCAAUUAUGGCCGAUCUGGCGUACGUGUAUUGCGUUUGACAUAUUAAACAAUAUAUAGUAACACACAUUAUACAAACAAGCGAGUAUACACACACACACACACACACACACAUAUAUAUAUAUAUAUAUAUAUAUAUAUAUAUAUAUAUAUAUCGAACGUACAUGGCGUGAAAGCCCUCGUAUUGAGUUUUUUCGGCGCGUAAACGCGUUCACUCUUCUCUUGCGCGUUAAUAUUGUUGCGUUGUAUAUCUUCGACGCGCUUUCCUUUCAGCCGCUGCAGCGCGGCGCGCGCUGACCCUCUGCGCGCGGCGCACACUUUGCGCAUCAUAUUUCACGGCGGGCCCCGGCGGUACGACGCACGAAUUUAUAAAGGCGGAUCUUGUGGCCGCGCCGGAUUACGCGUGCUCCAUUUAAAGACACGUAUAUAUACCGGCCCCCGCCUGCAGAAUGUCUAAAUCCUGAAUUAUCUGCCUGGGCUUCGUUAAUAUCAUUAAAACCGGCGUAUAAUUCCCGCAGGCGCUAACGAGGCCGCUGCUGCAGCGCGGGCAUGAUUAAAAUUCCGGACGUCGUUUUUAUAUCGCGCGAAAUAAUUUCAAAUUCGAAAGGUAUAACGACGGGAAAUACGAAGCUGGCAAAAAAUAUAUAGAGAGAGGCAGCUAUACCCCCCCCCCCUCAAUUGCACUGCAGAGGGAGAGGGAGAGAGAGAGAGAGAGAGAGAGAGAGAGAGAGAGAGAGAGAGAGAGAGAGAGAGAGGGAGAGAGAGAGAGAGAGAGAGCAUACGGAUUACCGCGUGCGCAAUGUUAAUUAAUCCGAGGGCGUCGGUGGUCAGUGCGAAACGGAGAGUAUAGCGAAGUGUCGCGUCUCUAUAUGUAUGUAUAUGUGCAUACAUGUGCACUGCACACCCCCGCACAGCAUAAGCGCGCCGGCCGCGCUGUAUAGGUAUCGACCAAGAUGCGGAGGAGCCGCAGAGAUUCGAGCGCAGCGAUAUAGUUUUCAAGGGGGUGAGACGAGGAGGAGGGAGAGCCCAAUACUAUACUGCGCCAAGACGCGACAGCCGGUCGGUCAGCGCCAGAUGUCUGGCUGCGGAUAAGGAAAUUUUCGCCGAAUCGCGACGCGACACACGCCGGAUUUUCGCGAAGCUUUCUUCCCCGUAUAUAUUCUUGCGCUCUUCUUUGCGCGUCAGCCGGCGCUGAUGCUCCGCUUGAUGCAUGGCGCGACGCUUAUACAUAAUAUAACAGAAUGGUUUUGUUAAUCGCGAAAUUAUAUUUUUUUUUCCUCUUUUAAUGUAUUGCUUAUAUUAUUUAUAUACUUAUAUCUAGUCGAAAUUGUUUAUCCAUGUUGAUUGAAUUAUGCGAUUUGAAUUCGGAAACGGUUCGACGAGAGGCGUCGCGACCCCUGUAAUUAAGAAUGUAUAAAUAAACGAAUAAAGUAUAUAUAUAUAUAUAUAUAUAAAAUGUAUGAGUACUACCGUGUGAAGAAGAAUAACUCACGAGGUGCUUUACUUAUUGAUUCGCGUGUCUCGAAAUAAUUUUCGCCAGCAUGAGCGAUAUAUCACGACAAUAAAUACUUGUAUCUUAAUAAACUCGAUCAGAUCCCACGUGGACUUUUUUAUUACUUUGUUACGAGAGCCGCGAUCAUAUAAUUGUGUAAGUGAAAAAAAAGAAACUGAAAAAAAUGCAUAUCUCAAGACGCUAUACUGUUGGUUUGGAUUGCUUCGUUAUGACGGAACAUGGAAGAGGAAUUGUUUUUGCGACGAAUAACCUUAUUGCGUGCGGGAUAAACAUAAUAUUUCAUCGGCACUUCUGAGUUUCAAAGAAGGCAAUAAAAUUGAAACGAAGCAAUAGGCGAGUUUUGAAAAAUGGAAAAUGCGAAGUUCGACACACACCGUUUUUUUUUUUAAUAUUUUUCCACGUGCAACUAUGUAGCCGCACAUGCUGCAAUGAUAUUACCAGCCUUAAUUUUCACGAGCAAGCUAGAAGAGAAAAAACCUUACUUUAGUCAAAUAUUUAAAAUCGAUUGUGAACAACUUUGGCUUUCAGUUUGAAUAAUAGCGAUGGAAUUAUAGAAUUGAUUAUUAAAAUUUACCAACUCGCUUGUUUUCUGCGAAUCGCCACAAUCACCAAAACAAAUGAUACCUAAUGUAUGCGCGCGUGUACAAAAUUGAAACUGGUUCGAUAUACACCUAUAUAUCUUUUGUGCAUACAUAAAUGAAUGAAAUAGUCGAAGAAUGUUAUUUUAUUAACCGUUAGAAAAUUGCUCUCGUUGCGUAAUAAUAAGAGAUGUAGUUGGAAUAUGUAGUAGAAUAUAAAAUACAAUACUUUUUUACGUUUUGCGCCAAAGACCCUUGCAAUUGGAAAGGUUAAUAAAAAUUUUGUUCAAAGGAUUUUCUGUAUGGACAAUCAAACGUUAUAGAUUGGCAUUGUGUUAUGAUGCAGCGGAUUCAACUGAAUUCAUAGAAUGAACGCUUGUAAUGAAAUAUUGUCGAAAUAACACUCGUUGUAAAUAGAAUCAUAUAUAAUUACUAUGAUGAAUAAUGAAAACAACUAUAGUGCCGCUGCUUCAUUAUUUAGUGCAAUUUUACAUAGAAUGUUAUUAUUUGAAAAAAAUAUUGUACGAUAUAUCCAAGCUAUAAAUGAUAGAGAUGAAUAGAGUAUAUUAGGACGACAUAAACAUAUUAUUAUAUUACGUAUCAGAUAAAAAAAAUGUAAAAACAAUCAAGACUUUGUCUGCUACUAUAUCGACAUUUUUCAAGAUGAAGGCUCUUGUAUUUCUCAUGUUUUUUAAAUCUUAUAACACCGACUCUAUUUAAACUGAAAGUCAAGGAAAUUUUUUCAAGUUAACGAUGUAAAUAUGGAGUUGAAUAGAAGCGAAUACCUAAAGUGAUUAUCAUUCAAAAUUAGCGCAUGAGUCUACAGCUUCUGGCUAUAAGGUUCGCUAGAAUUCACACGUCAAAGAGAUUUCAAAAUUAUUGCGUUACUCGCUAAUGAACUGUCUUUUCGAAAGAACGUUACGUAACACUACGUAAAUUGUUAACUUUUGACUAAUUUUGUAAAAUACCAUAUAAAUUUAGCCGAUGAAUUUAUCAUCCCCAUCGAGUUGAUUACUGCUACGUUCUUUCGAGGUUUAGACACUCUCGAUACAACGAAUAACAAAAAAGCAGAAUUUAGCAGCUUUAAAUUUGCGCGUAGGAUGAAAGCUUGUUUUCGUUUAACGUUACGGUAUUAUUGAAUAAGAGAGGAUUGCUCGCAGCAAUAAUACAGGUGGAAAAGCUAUAGAAACGUUCUCGCCAAGUCAUUGCGAUGUUUAUCUUUUGUAUGUUGAUUGAAUUAUAUGAACCAUUGUCUUGAUCGAGACAAGUGUAACUGGAACGAUACAAGAGUUAAUAUAGAGUUUGCUGAAUCCAGUUUUAAGAGACUAUAUCGAACGACGUGGUACAUAUUUGUAAGAGAAAAAGAGGGGAGUGUACUAUGUAUAAUGCUAUUAACUUCAGACAAUAAAAUGUUAUUAUCGAUGUUAUUCAA